UACGAUGGAGUUUUUAGGCUCUUCAUGCAAGCAGUGGAGCGGGACCUAGUGCCAGACUUCCUCAUCAGAAGAGGCAUCCGUUACCUGCUCAGCCAGCGCGUGCAAAAUGCGAGAGAGGGAGGGGUGGAAGAGCAGGAGAGGAGGAAGCAGGCAUUCGUGGAUGAGCUCAAAAGCCUUCCCAUUGCUGUGCAGACCAGCAUAGCGAAUGAACAACAUUACGAGGCAAAGUAUUUUUUGCUGGUGCUUGGCAAGCACCUGAAAUACAGCAGCUGUCUGUACCCCUCGUCCAGCUCAACACUGGACGAAGCAGAGGAGGCAAUGCUAGGCCUGUGCUGCGAGCGGGCACAGCUUGCGGACGGGCAGACCAUACUGGAGCUGGGCUGUGGCUGGGGCUCCAUGUGCCUCUACAUGGCGGGAAAAUUUCCCAACAGCACCAUUACUGCUGUGUCCAAUUCCAGCACGCAGAAAGCCCUCAUAGAUGAACGCGCCAAAGAGCGCGGCCUGAGCAAUUUGACGGUCAUCACAGCAGAUGUUGUCGAGUUUGACACCAAGCAGAAGUUUGACAGGGUGGUGUCCAUUGAGAUGUUCGAGCACAUGAAAAACUACCAGGCUCUGCUCAAAAACAUAUCUAAAUGGCUCAAACCGGGGGGUCACCUGUUUGUGCACAUCUUCACCCACAAGACCUUAGCUUACCACUUUGAGGUGAAGGGGGAGGAUGACUGGAUGGCCAAGUACUUCUUCACCGGGGGGACGAUGCCGAGCGCAGAUCUGCUCCACCACUUCCAGGAUGACCUGGCGCUGCAGCAGCAGUGGGCCGUAAACGGAACGCAUUACUCGCGCACACUGGAGGACUGGCUCAGACGCCAAGACAGGCAGCGCGCUCAGAUCCUACCCAUCAUGAAGAAAACAUAUGGAGACGAUCAGGGACUGCGGUGGUGGGUGUACUGGCGUCUGUUCUAUCUGGCCUGCUCGGAGCUGUUCAAUUACAACGGCGGCGAGGAGUGGUUCGUCAGUCACUAUCUGUUCAAAAAGCACUGACGUGUAGCUAGGAAACAUAGCAAAGUAACAAACGCAAUUUUUUCGACCAAACAUUCUUUCCGUGCCAGAAAGGCAUGAAGGGCAGCAAAGCGAGUUAGAUAUAGGACAUUUUGACAAUGCAGUCGGUAGGAAGAAGAUGCUGUAGCUACAGAUCAGAAAGUCUCUAAUAGAAACUGCGUGGAUUGUAAGCACUUGUGCCAC